UGUAUUUUCAUCUGUGUGAUUUUGACAAAAAUCAGAUCACAUUUGAUGGUGACUUUAUGAAAAAAUGUGAGAAACUCCAAGAGGUUCGGAUACUUUUUCAUACCACUGUAGAUGUAUGCUUCAGCACUGCAGACUAAUUUACCCAACGACAACACAAGGAAACAUACAAGAAAACCUGUGAGAAAAUUUCCAGUUGUUCUCUUUAGAACAAGAAUAUAAUUUAUCAUUUAAGUAUGUAAAAAACACAGAAGGAAAUUGUCUCAUAGAGUUGGACCACUUAAGAACCAAGCAAGCCACUAAUAACAAAAUACUGUACAUAUUAAUGAAUUAAUCCAACAUUUCCAGUACUGCAAGACUGAUAUAUUAUAAACAUGCAAAUGAUUACCAUGAGUACAUAUGUGUGGAGAGGUUAGCCAAAAAGAAAAGAGAAAAACCUCUCUCCCCCAGUCUCUUGUCAGCACACGUUAUGCAGGUGGAGUCUUUGGAGGCUUGCUUGCUGCAGUGUGACUGUUGGGAUCCAAAACAAUAGGGUUUGCUGAGGUACAGAACAUUUAAAUUAACCAUUAGACAUGUUAUCUUGUUUUUUCUAUCGUCGGUUUUUGUCAAUUUUAGAUCUCAUAUUUGGAUUUGCCAUCUAUCCUGCAGUGUUGACAUGAUCAAGACGCGGCAACGGCGCAUACCUGAUCUGUAUCGUUAACUUUGUCGCCUCCAGAAAAGACUGGCCUAGACUCGUCACACCACUAGAAAAUUUCAAGUUCACCAUUAGGGAUGGAAAAGGUCUCUGAAAAACUCACAAUAUUUAAAAUAAUAUUGCCUUGCAAUUGUAUUGCAUAGUUGGGAAAUGGUAUCCGGUAAGGGGCCCUCUUUUCUGUUUUUUUAACACGCAUGUACGCAGAAAUUGCAAACUGUGUGUUUUGACAGAGUUACACAAUGGACGGAAGCCUUCUAGUUUUUCAAACUAAAAGGGAUCUCAGAAGUCGUGCACCACAUGCAUAUCUGUAAAACGGUUUGUCGACAUUCAGAGGAUAUAAAAAGAAAUGGCCAGAAAUGAGGCCUCUUACACAUAAUACAGACAUAAUUCACAAUACAAGUGAAAUUCGUGCUGCUCACAUAGGGUGACCAAACGUCCCCUUUUGCCCGGACAAGUCCUACUUUCACGUAGUAUCCUCGUCAUCCGGGCGGGUUUUAUAAAUUCGUAAAAAUGUCCGGUUUUUAAUUAUUUUUCACGGGACCAAUUUGAAGAGAAUCCCUCCGGCCGCUGGGUGGCAGCAGUCGACAUGGCUCCUACUAGAAGGGAGGGAAGGAGCAGUUCUUCUUGUUAUUGUUGGCAGUUUACGCCUAUCAUGAGGCAUUACCGCCAUCUACUGGGUUGACGAUUUGGCCACAACGCCUGCCCAGUUGUUAAGUUUUUAACGAUAAAUACGUAUAUAAUGGCAACUGUUGACUUCUGUUGGAGCUUCGACUGUAAAAUCCCGUUUGGUGUUGCAUCGUUGUGCUGCCGAUGAUUGUAAACUUUUAUAGCAAAGUUUGAUUUUUGCCUCAGCUAGCUAUCAGUAAGCUAAACCACGCUAGGUAUUAUGGGAAACGUAGUUUUGGACUGCUACGUUCGGAAACAUGCUGGUUGAAUUGUUUGUCAGUUAAUUUCGGUUAUUGUUUGUGUGCAAUCUAGAACAUUGAAUGAGAUUAUGAAUUGAAUGGGAAUAACAAUUCAUCAAGGACAAUUGUCGUGAUAGUAAUUUAUAAAAAUGUUUAGUUGGCACAUAGCCUACUGUGUGUAUGUGAAUUGAUUGGACUACAUUUCCAUGGGUCUGUAUUCUAUAUAUAUUAUUAUUAUUAUUAUUUUUUUCCAGACUGCAUUUUUCCAUCCAGAGUGAGGGAGCAUACUAAAUAUAUUAAAGUGAUAUAGGCCUCUUUGAGUGAACUUGGAGUAAAAUUCAAGUAUCUUGAGGCCGGGCUGAGUGUCCUCUUUUUUGGAAAUCAAAAUAUGGUCACGCUAGCUCACAUUAACUGCUUUACAACAAUACAAAACAAUUCCGAUCUGCGAAGAUAAUCGACAAUCCCGCCGCCGUGUGACAUGUUCCUGGGUAGUUUUGUGUGAUUUUUCGCUUCAAAAGCCAAGAAUAAGACUGAAACAUCACUCAGUUCGGGUUAGCAUGUCAGCUAGCUGUCAUGCCUCCUGGUUUGUUUACCCUCUCAAAAGCCAGGGCAGGGAAAUGACAAAAAACUCCGGUGGCAUAAAAUAUCGUUUUGGAGGUGCAAGAAGUGGACGGUUUUGACCAUUAUGAAGUAAUUUUGCCAUGUCGUACUGAAUAAAGGCAUUUUUAUAAUUUCAUAUUCCAUUUAGCACAAGACUGUGCUUUGUCAUGACCAUACCAUUUAUUUAGCAAUUAGGGAAAAAUACUUAGAUAAAAAGAAUAUCCUGUAAAAAUAUUGGAGUAGAGAGACUGAAACAAUGACAUUUUGCGGCUCUCUUUGUCGCAUUUUUACCUUUAUGAAUAAUUUCCCCUCAAUGGGCUGAAUUGUAAAUCAGGUGAAACCAUGACCUUGCCGACGUCAUCCUCUUGUUGGGGACUCUAAAGCCCUAUAAUGGUAGCCGUGGCUAAACGGCAGAUUAAAAGACUAAUUUCUCGUCAUCUGCGCUUUGCCAAAUUGUUGUACUAGUAUAUAGCCAAAUCGUCUUAAAAUAUGAUUCAAUUCACAUAAUAAUGCUUUUUAAGACUUUUUUUUUUUAAUCCUGUUGUACGCACUUUAAAAUCCUUCAAUCACCAAUAUUUACAUGGUUCUUUUCUCUCACUCCCACAAUUCCCACAAUUAAUAUACAUAUUUGAUAGAAUCAUGGAUUUGUACAGUCCCAAAUUGGUACUAUUUUUCCCCUAGAAUUUGAGUCAUUGUAAUUAAAAAAAAAUUGGUUAGUGGCUACUGGUCUCCUUACAAAUUAUGUUAUUGAAUCUAAGAGGGUUCAAUGACUGAUUACAUUUACUGGUCUCAUUUGAGCAAACUCGCUGCGAUAAGAGUGAAACAUAAUGUUGAUCUUGAGGGGCAGCUGGACCAGAUGUAAUUACAUUGAAGUUUUAUGAUAGUAAUUAAUGUAGUUUUAAGAAAUGGAUGUGUUUUAUGAGCACAGCAAACGCCAGUUAACUAUGAACUAAUGUAAGGCAAACAGUCUUACACAAUUUCCUUCUCUCUUGUGUACCCUCUCUGCACUAAGCUGCACUAGGUGGUAGUUUCAUUACCACAAAGCCACUGUGACCACAUCAAAUUGAAAAGCUCCCUUUUACACUGUUCUGGACUGCAGAAAGGUCAACAUGUGGACCAUGGGUCUUCAGCUGGUCUUUAUAGGUGUGAUUGUGCAGGUUGUCACAUGUUAUCCAUCUUGUAGAAUAUAUGGCCUUAUAGCUGAUUGUCACAGACAAAAUCACAAGUGGGUGCCUGCUCUGCCUCCAACCAUCACCUCCCUCUACUUGGAGUUGAACAGGAUCCCUGAGAUUAACAGCACGUCACUCCAAAAUCUGGAGCAGCUCCAAGAGUUGGAUCUCGGGAAACAAUUUGUGCCGCUUGUGAUAAGGAACAACGCCUUCCUCAGGCAGACUCGGUUGCUUCGCUUGGUUCUUGGCGACAAUGUUGGCCUUAAACUGGAGCCGCGAGCAUUCGCAGGGAUGGUCAGUUUAAAAAUUCUCUUCCUGGACCAUUGUUUUUUGACAGACUCCAUUUUGGCACACACCUACCUCGAGCCACUCUUAUCUUUAGAAGCGCUUAAUCUUUUUGGUAACAAAAUACGAAGACUCACACCAGGAAUUUUCUUUCAAAACAUCUUAAAUUUGACACAGAUAGACCUCAUGCUCAAUAGUAUUGAGCAACUGUGUGAAAAUGAUCUCAUGGGCUUCAGGGGGAAGUACUUCCAAUACUUCAAUUUGAACUCAAAUCACUUGUUCAAAAUGGCUACAAACACUUUUGAUUGGGAAGGCUGCGGAAACCCUUUUCGAGGAAUGGCCUUCAAUAUCCUUGAUUUAAGUAGUACUGGGUUCAACGUGACUGCAACCAAACUUUUUUUUAAAGCAAUGCAUGGAACUCCUGUUGCUCAUCUCAUAUUAACUGGUAAUUUAGGGAAAGGAGUCUCAUAUAACACGCAAGCAGAUCCAGACAAGCACACAUUUGAAGGUCUUGCGAACAGCACAUUAGAUAUUUUUGAAUUGUCCAAUAACAGAAUAUUUUCUUUGCAGAGGGGUGUUUUCAGUUCUCUUAGCAACGCCACCAUAAUUGACGUCUCUCGAAACAAAGUUAAUCAGAUUAACACUGGGGCCUUUAGUGGUCUGCAAGAAAAUUUAAAAUUCCUCAACUUGUCAUUCAAUAUUAUUGGAGAAAUUUAUUCGCACACAUUUCACUAUCUGAAGGAACUUCGGAUUUUGGAUUUGUCGUUUAACAACAUUGGUGUGCUAGGAAAUGACGCUUUUGAGGGUCUUCCCAAUUUACAAGCGCUAUAUAUGACUGGAAACUCACUACGAAAAUUGGGUUUUCCUGCAUCUUUGCCAAAACUUGAAUAUCUCGUUCUAGGUGACAAUCGCUUGAAUGAGCUGUACAAUAUGGAUAAGUUAAGCGCCAACCCUAUUCUUAUAGAUGUGACAAACAACCGAUUAACCAACCUUGAAGAUGUUUACAUCGUUUUAACCCAUUUUGAGAAUCUCCAGAAUUUCUACUUUGGUGGCAAUUUCAUUAAGUGGUGUACACUUGGUCAGGAUGUCUCAAUUCCUUUUAAUCGAAGCUUACAAGUACUGGAUCUUCAUGAUAGUUCGAUGCAGUUAAUCUGGGCUGAGGGGACGUGUCUUGAUGUGUUUAAACAUCUUGAGAAUCUGAUCAGUCUAAAUUUAAGCUCCAACUCCCUCAAGAUUCUCCCACAGGGUAUUUUCAACAGCCUCAGCUCUAUCGUUGACAUUGACCUGUCAUCCAAUGCCCUGACCUAUCUGCAGCCCGGUGUUCUUCCCAGCAGCCUUAAAAUAAUCGACCUUUCUAACAACUUCUUGGCCAGCCCUGAUCCCUUGACCUUUGAUUCCAUCCUCCUUCUCAGCCUAUUGGGAAAUCGCUUUCACUGUGACUGUCAUCUUGAGAGCUUCCUCAAGUGGAUGAACGAGACCAACGUAACCUUCUUCAGUCCAGUCGAGGAAUACCGAUGUGAGUUUCCAGUUGCUCACUACAACCUUCCGCUGCUCAACUAUUCCCAGAUCAUUGAACCAUGUGAGGUCGAUGAUGAGCUGGCCGUCCAAGAGCUUAAGUUUGCGCUGUUCAUUUUUUCCACCCUACUCCUCCACACUGUAACACUUUGUGGAAUUGCUUACGCACGUCUACGCGGACGCAUAUAUGUACUUUACAAAAAAGUUGUUGGUCGAGUUCUCGAGGGUCCCAAAGCCCCACCUCCUUUGGAGGACGCACAGUAUGAUGCUUACCUGUGCUUCAGUAACAUGGACUACAGAUGGGUGGAGGCUGCUUUACUAAAAAAGCUGGACAAGAAAUUCUCUGAAGAGAAUGUCCUACAAUGUUGUUUUGAAGCCAGAGACUUCCUGCCUGGGGAGGACCACCUUUCCAACAUCAGAGAUGCCAUCUGGGGAAGCAGAAAGACUGUGUGUGUUGUCUCCAAGGAGUUCCUUAAAGAUGGUUGGUGCUUGGAGGCCUUCACCUUGGCUCAGGGUCGCAUGCUGAAUGAGUUGAGAAAUGUUCUGAUCAUGCUGGUGGUUGGAAAGGUGACUCACUACCACCUGAUGAAGUACAAUGCAGUUCGAGCAUUCGUCCAGAGGAGAGAAUACCUCAUCUGGCCAGAGGACCCUCAGGAUCUUGAAUGGUUUUAUGAGCGACUCAUCUCUCAAAUAAUGAAACACACUGAGGUGAAGAAACCUGACAAGGAUGUGCCAAAGCCCAAAGUUCCACCUGAAAACCACAUCGAACUUGAGAACAUUUAAGAAUAGCAACAUGUCUCCUUGGUCCCACGUAAUCUUUAAUUUGGGAAUGUGACCCUGCAUCCAUCGUGUCAUUGGUACUAAAAAGAAGUGGUAUGAUUUGUUUUUUGAAAUAAGAAGAUAUUACAGGAAGUGCUAUGUUAAUCCUUUAAAUAUUGAUAACCCAAAGGUCUUGUAAGAACUGGACAAUCCCGUGGUGAUGUGAUUCAUGCAAUUGGAGUAAACCAUAAUAUUAUCAGUCAUACACUUCAUAAUGAUAUUGACGGGUCACAUUCCCCAGAAACUGCACCACGCCUUCAAGUAGAGGCCGUCCUACACUCCGCUUUAGUAGGUCGAAAUCGGUCGAAGUUAUUCAACUAGGGCUGUCAAAAUUAUCGCGUUACCGGGCGGUAAUUAAUUUUUUAAAUUAAUCACGUUAAAAUAUUUGACACAAUUAACGCACUUGCCCAGCUCAUACAGAUUUAAAUGACAGUAGAGUGAAAGGCCCACUUGUUAAUUGUGUUUUGCGGAGUUUUGCUGCCCUCUGCUGGCGCUUGGGUGUGACUGAUUUUAUAGGCUUCAGCACCCAGGAGCAUUGUGUAAGUAACUAUUGACAUCAACAAUGGCGGGCUACUAGUUUAUUUUUCGAUUGACAUUUUUUACAAAUUUUAUAAAAACGAAAACAUUAAGAGGGGUUUUACUUUUAAUAUAAAAUUUCUAUAACUUGUACUAACAUUUUUCUUUUAAGAACUACAAGUCUUUCUAUCCAUGGAUCGCUUUAACAGAAU